GUAUUCUGAUCCUACUAUUCCUUGGAGGAGCCAAAAUUAACAUGGAAGUAAGAAAGGCCCACCAGGCACCAAGCUCACUCCGCUUGCCAAAAGGGACUCGCGCUAUGGUUUUGCCUUCAUAGUUGGGAGCCCGUGCCGUGGUGUCGGACUAUCGGAUUGCCAGGGUGGGUCGCGCCUAAAACAGAAAGGGAGAGAAUAUGCAGCUUUCAUCUCUAACCUUUGCUCACCCCCACAGGCCCUAUACCCUUCCCACAAAGGGAAGGGUGAAAUUAGAAGGGCAGAAGGCGGUGCCGCAAAGGCAAAACCUUGAAGCGAAGUUUCUGAAGAGCUUGGGUCCUACAGUAGUUGCUGCCCUGUUAGCCUUAUCUCCUAUCUGCAAUACCCCAGUGUCUCUUGGACAAACCACAGAUGUACGGAGAGGAGCUGCACUGUUUCAUCGAGCCUGCAUUGGAUGUCAUGAUGGAGGUGGAAACAUAAUACAACCCGGUGCAACACUUUUCAUCGAUGAUCUAGAAAGAAACAGGGUUGCCUCAGAAGAGGAGAUAUAUCGGGUUACAUAUUACGGCAAGGGAAGAAUGCCAGGAUUUGGGGAGAAUUGCACGCCACGGGGCCAAUGCACAUUUGGGCCCCGUCUACAGGAAGGGGAGAUCAAGCUUCUAGCCCAGUUUGUAAAGUUGCAGGCAGAUAAAGGGUGGCCUAGCAAUGAAAGUUAUGGGGAUUGAUUCCUGCAAAAAUUGUUGCUUCAAUUAGUAACUGUACCAAUUUAUAUGCAAAGAGUUAGAAAAAAUUUGUGGCCAAUUGUUGACCUGAACAGUGAACCUGCCGAGUUCUCCUAUAUGACCUACAAUCUUGGACAAAAAAAUGCACUGGAGGUUACCAGAGGGUGUUGGCUAUGGUAGUUUCUUUCUUUUCUUUUCUUUGUGUGUGUGUGGCUAAGCAGUUGAAACUUGAGAGGAUUCCCUUGCUAGUGAAAGUACAGUUUCCUUUUUUUCAGCUGCCCCAAACUCCCAUAAUCCGGUGGGGCACUCUUCAGCUCUCAAUCUUCUGCUCUGGCAUGGACCUUACCCGGCUGUUCUCCAGUUGGAGAACUUGGACAAGACUUAAUGGAAAUUUAAUUUUCUUUUGUUUGGGAGAGAUUUAAUUUGAAUUUAUGUAAAUUUAGAUUAAAUAUAGUAAAAUUAUAUUAAAUUUUACCCUCAUUUAAA